GAAGAGACAUAUUACCACAUUACUAGCCGUUGACGUUGAUUUAAGAACUUUAUUAUAAAAAAAAAAACAGGGCAUCCAUUUUCAAUUAAUCACAUCUCAAGCUGUUCUUUUCAAUUUACUCAGAUGUCGACCGAGGAAAUAACAACCCCAGCUCCAGGUACUCUACCUCCAGCUCCAUCAACGUCACACUUACUCCAGUCAAAUGUUAAUAAAGUCUUAAAGACCCCCAAAGUUCCAUCAGAUAAUUCGACCCAACUGCCACAAUCGCAGCAGCAGCAGAAGCAGGAUAACAAGAAAGUGGUUCAUCAGAAUCUACCUUGUCGAGUUUUACUUGAAGAAAAAUCUAGAGAAGAUUACCUCAAGAUUGGUGUGCCUUUAUAUGAAGCAUCGAUUAAGUGUGAUUGGAAAGCUGCUAAAGCUAUUCUUGACAAGCAUGAAGAACCGUUAGUAAGGUAUUGCAUCACUGAAAAUGGGGAAACUGCACUUCAUGUUGCUGCAUCUGCAAAAGUUCCCCAAAAGGGAGAAGUUUUUGUGAAAAAUCUUGUGGAUAGGAUGACUGAAGAAGACUUGGCUCUUGAAAAUGAAAAUUACAACACUGCCCUGUAUUUGGCUGCUGCUGCUGGAAACCUUGAAACGGUUAAAAUUAUGGUAAAAAAGAACAGAGACUUGCUAAAGAUCCCUGGUGCUCAAAAACAAAUGUUGCCACUGUAUGCAGCUGCCUUGUUUGGAAAGUAUGAUGUGGUCAAGUACCUUUUUAAAGAGUCGAAUAACUUGUGCGAUGAAGAUGGUUGGAAUCAUGGGAAUCGUGGCUGGCUUGUUGAAAAAUGUGUCGAGAAUGACAUGUUCGAUGUUGCAUUACAGAUAGUGGAAAAGUAUCCAAAAGUUGGUAGGGGAAGUGUGCUUCAAGUUUUGGCUGGAAAGCCUAAAGCAUUUCCUGACACAAAAACUAAUAUCAUUGGGAAAGCCAUUAAGCCAGUUUUGACAUUCAUCCGUUCAAAGCUGGGAUAUUGUGAAAAGGAAAAUAAAGCAUUACCAUUACUAAGAUUCGUAUGGAAUGACAUUGUAAAGCUGCCCAAGAAGGAAAUUGAUAGAAUACUCAGAGGUCAACCAGAUCCAAUUAAGCAAGACAACUCGGCUUCUGGAAGGACUGUUCAAGUUAUUCAAAUACAAAAUCUCAUUUCUGAACAUCUUGAUAAAAUGCUUGCUAUAUCCGAAGACACAAUUAAAGGGUUGUCGGGUUCAACAAAGCAAGAUACCAAGCCAGUUUCUGGAAAGGAAAUUGAUCAAGCUCAGCAACUACAAAAACUCAUUUCUGCACAACUUGUGAGCAUGCAUGUUGCCACCCAGAAGAUAAUCAAAGGGACUCCGGAUUCAAUAGCCCUGGAACUAGAAAAGGUCAUUUCCGGAUUUUUUGUGAAACUAAAUGAGAACACCAUGGAUAUAAGCAAAGGAACCCCAGAUCCGUUAGCUCUGGAACUGGAAAAGCUCAUUUCUAUACAGAUUGUGGAACUAAAUGGGAACAUCCAGAAGAUUAUCAGCAGAAUAAGUGAUAAAAAAAAUCAAGCUCAAAGAAUACAAAGGGCCAUAUAUGACCAUGUUAUCAACAUGGAUAAAGAAAGAAAGAAAAUAAUCAAUAAGCCUGCAAAGGAUGCAUACUCUAAGCGGGUAUUGUUUAUUGCUGCAGAAACAGGCAAUACCAACUUCUUAGUUGAGCUUAUCCGUCUAUAUCCUGAUCUUAUAUGGAAGGUAAAUGAUAACAAUCAAACUAUAUUUCACAUUGCUGUCAAACAUCGUCAUGAGGGUAUAUACAACCUAUUGUAUGAAAUAGGCUCAAUGAAAGAUAUGAUAACUCCUCUCCGAGACCCAAAUGAUAAUAAUAUGUUGCACUUAGUCGGGACAAGUGAUGAGGAUCUUGAAGAUGCAUCAGGAGUUGCAUUACGGAUGCAACGAGAGUUAUUAUGGUUCGAGGAAGUGAAACAAAUGAUCCCUCCUUCUUAUAGAGAAAGGAAAAAUAAAGAUGGUCUAAAGCCACAUGAGUUAUUCACAACCAAACACAAAGAUCUAGUCACACAGAGUGGGCAGUGGAUGAAGGAUACUGCUAGUCAGUGUAUGGUUGUUGCAGCACUUAUUGCAACCAUAGUCUUUGCUGCAGCAUUUACGAUUCCAGGUGGAUAUGACGGGGACAGUGGUCUGCCUAUGUUUCAGUCAAAAGCAACCCUUAUCGUUUUUGUUGUCGCAGAUGCCAUUUCUCUAUUCUCCUCUUCAGCUUCAAUUCUCAUAUUCUUAGCUAUCCUCACAUCUCGUUAUGCUGAACGUGAUUUCUUGGAAUCAUUACCCAAAAAGCUAAUGUUUGGUUUAGCAACUCUUUUCCUAUCUAUAGCAACCAUGACAGUUGUUUUUGCGGUCAGCUUCUUCGUUCUUUACCAUAAGGGUUUGUUAUGGAUUCCAAUCCUAAUCAGUGCAAUUGCUGUGAUUCCAGUCCUCUUAUAUGUUAAGCUGCAAUAUUCUUUGUUUAUCGAUGUAAUUCGGGCUUCUUAUGGUUCUAAGUACAUCUUUAAGCCCACGAAACAUGUUCUGUACUAUGAAACCCCCAAAGUGUAACCACCGUCUUUCUGGACCGGUUUCUGUUUCAUAUGUCAUAUGUAACAUUUUUUAACAUUACAUGUAAACAAUUAUAUAUUCCGAAUAUGAGUAUGUUUUCCUAA